AUGAAGACAGUCGUCAUUGUGGGAGGCUCUUUUGCCGGGCUAUCUACGGCCCAUCGGAUAUUGAAGCAAGCCACCAAGACGGGUCUGUCCGCUAAGGUGGUCGUUGUGUCACCGAAUUCUCACUUUUACUGGAACGUUGCUUCGCCUCGAGCUUUGCUACCAGGGCAAAUUGCCGACGACAAGAUAUUUAAACCCAUCGCCGAAGGCUUCAAGCAGUAUCCAACAAGCCAGUUUGAAUUAGUCGUGGGUUCCGCCAAAGGCCUCGAUGUAGCGGCCCGGAAAGUCGAAAUCUCAACUGGCCCAGGUGGCAACGGCGCCACCACUAGCCUUGACUAUGAUUUCCUCAUUCUUGCGACUGGAUCCAGAACAAAGGAAGCCAGCGAUGGCGUUCAAAUGCCCUUCAAGAACUUGGGUUCAACCGAAGAAACAAAAGAUGCUCUGCAUGAAUUUCAAGAGGCGGUGAAAAGGUCCAAGACAAUUGUCAUCGCUGGUGGUGGCCCGACUGGAGUUGAAACUGCGGGUGAAAUAGCUUUUGAGUAUGGACGUGCAAAGAAAGUUAUCUUGCUCACAAGCGGACAGACUGUUCUUGAUGGCUCAAUGACGAGUGUAUCAAAUUCGGCAAUCAGCAUUCUAAAAGAUCUCAAAGUUGAUCUAAGGCUACGGACAAAAGUCUCUAGCUCCCGCCAGGCGACACCAGGUGGUCCACAAGAACUCAUCCUUUCCGACGGCUCCCACUUGACGGCAGAUCUCUAUAUCCCCACGCACGGCAUUACCCCAAACUCGUCUUACAUCCCCAGUAAAUAUCUUAACGCUGAUGGGUUCGUUGUCGUGAACGAUCAUCUAAAAAUAAAAGGUCUUGAGAAUGAACCUGUGUGGGCCAUUGGGGACGUUUCCGAUCGAGAAGCACCACAAUUCAUGUUUGUUGACAGGCAGUCAAACCAUGUGGUCAAGAGCCUUUUCUUGGCCCUCGAGAAGAAAGAUCCAGUACCAUAUAAGAUGGGAUUUUCAGGAAUGGGUCUUCAAAUCGGUAGAAAGACAGGAACCGGCCAGAUUGGAUUUAUAAGACUACCGGGGUUUUUGAUUCAUUUCCUGCGAAAAAACCUUUUCUUAGAAAGGGUUCCGUCGUUUAUCGAUGGUUCCGAGUUCUGA